AUGAAGAAGGGGAGGCAGGGCUACUGGUUCCUGCUAUCCAGUGUUUGUUACUGUCACGUGACAUAUGAACCCCAACACAUCCUCCUGCAGCCUGACUGCCCCCUCACCGACUGCUCCCUCACCGACUGCCCCCUCACCGACUGCUCCCUCACCGACUGCCCCCUCACCGACUGCUCCCUCACCGACUGCCCCCUCACCGACUGCUCCCUCACCGACUGCUCCCUCACCGACUGCCCUCACCGACUGCUCCCGCACCGACUGCCCUCACCGACUGCUCCCUCACCGACUGCUCCCUCACCGACUGCUCCCUCACCGACUGCUCCCUCACCGACUGCUCCCUCACCGACUGCUCCCGCACCGACUGCCCUCACCGACUGCUCCCUCACCGACUGCUCCCUCACCGACUGCUCCCUCACCGACUGCCCUCACCGACUGCUCCCUCACCGACUGCCCUCACCGACUGCUCCCGCACCGACUGCCCUCACCGACUGCCCCCUCACCAACUGCUCCCUCACCGACUGCCCCCUCACCGACUGCUCCCUCCUCACCAACUGCUCCCUCACCGACUGCCCCCUCACCAACUGCCCUCACCGACUGCUCCCUCACCGACUGCUCCCUCACCGACUGCUCCCUCCUCACCAACUGCUCCCUCACCGACUGCCCCCUCACCGACUGCUCCCUCGCCGACUGCUCCCUCACCGACUGCUCCCUCGCCGACUGCCCCCUCACCGACUGCUCCCUCGCCAAAUGCUCCCUCACCGACUGCCCUCACCGACUGCCCUCACCGACUGCUCCCUCUCUGGCUACAAUGAGCAACAGGUGCAGAUAAUUUCCCCUGUGCUACCACAUCCCGGGGUGAAUAUUCAUACACUCAGUUUGAUCAAGCAGUCACUUUUGUCCGGAAUCCCAGAUAAGGAGCUCUUCUUGAUGAAAAACCGGACAUCAAAUCUACAUUUAGGUUACUUCCAGUCAAACCACAAGUUUUCAUCUGCUGGGGACAUGGAGAUUACCGAGUUCCAAGCAAGUACACAUGUCUAUCCAACAGAGAUUACUGAGGACCAAGAAAGUACACAUGUCUAUCCAACAGAGAUUACUGAGGACCAAGCAAGUACACAUGUCUAUCCAACAGAGAUUACUGUGUACCAAGCAAGUACACAUGUCUAUCCAACAGAGAUUACUGAUGACCAAGCAAGUACACAUGUCUAUCCCACAGAGAUUACUGAGGACCAAGCAAGUACACAUGUCUAUCCCAAAGAGAUUACUGAGGACCAAGCAAGUACACAUGUCUAUCCAACAGAGAUUACUGAGGACCAAGCAAGUACACAUGUCUAUCCCACAGCGGUUACUGAGGACCAAGCAAGUACACAUGUCUAUCCAUCAGAGAUUACUGAGGACCAAGCAAGUACACGUGUCUAUCCAACAGAGAUUACUGAGGACCAAGCAAGUACACAUGUCUAUCCAACAGAGAUUACUGAGGACCAAGCAAGUACACAUGUCUAUCCAACAGAGAUUACUGAGGACCAAGCAAGUACACAUGUCUAUCCAACAGAGAUUACUGAGGACCAAGCAAGUACACAUCUCUAUCCAACAGAGAUUACUGAGGACCAAGCAAGUACACCUGUCUAUCCCACAGCGGUUACUGAGGACCAAGCAAGUACACAUGUCUAUCCAUCAGAGAUUACUGAGGACCAAGCAAGUACACGUGUCUAUCCAACAGAGAUUACUGAGGACCAAGCAAGUACACGUGUCUAUCCAACAGAGAUUACUGAGGACCAAGCAAGUACACAUGUGUAUCCAACAGAGAUUACUGAGGACCAAGCAAGUACACAUGUCUAUCCCACAGUGGUUACUGAGGACCAAGCAAGUACACAUGCCUAUCCCAUUGCGGUUACUGAGGACCAAGCAAGAUUGGUGCAGCAAAGACAGCACCUACAGGACAGUGACUUCGGUAUGGUUGGGUUGGCAAGGGGCGGCAUGAGGUGGGAGGAGCUGACGAAGUUGAUAGAUGCCCAGGUAAAGUCAAUGCGGACACCACCGAAGGCGGUAGUGAUUCACCUUGGUUCGAAUGGUAUUGUAACCACGUGCCAGCUAUAUUACCAGAUCAAUCUGGCACUCCUGAGGAUACAACUCCUCCCUGGGGCUGUCAUUCUGUGGUCAGACAUGUUGCCACGGAGGUACUGGCAUGUAGCCAGCUGUGCCCGGCACCUGGAAGUGGCCAGGCAGAAGCUAAACAGGGCCCGCGAGCUUGGGGAGAUACGGGUUUCCCACACUGCCUUCAACCGACAAGACCAAGACAAGACUGUACCUGCAUGA